CAUGAUUUGACAAAUAUUGACACUUACAAUUUGACAGUAUUGCCUUGCAUUAUUCAAGAAAUUAUCAAACUCAAUUUUUAAAUACAUCGUCAAAAGAACUAAUUAAUUUCAUCAAAUAAAAAGCAUAAUUAUUAAAUAUGAGUUUUGGACUACCAUCUCUUAAAGUUAAACCAGAUAAUGCUGGUAGUAUCAACAUCCAAGAAGGUCCCUUCGGGGUACCUGACCCCAUGGUUUCCGGACUCAGAUCUACAAAAAAUAAGUUAGGCAUGUCACAUCCCUUGCAAGCAUCAGAAAAGAAUUACCAUUUAAAUGAAGAAAAAAUGAAUAUGGCUAUGCUUCGCAAUAUCCAAGGUCUUCAUGCUCCUAUGAAGCUUUCAAUGGAGAGAAAGUUUGCUAGUAAGGUUGGCCAUCUUCCCUUCUUGCCCAGUUCAAACCUACAGCACGAUGUGUUUACAGGCAGAUACUUAGACAUUGGUUUUGAAGACAUUCUCAACACCUCAGAAUUUUGUGAAGUCAGUGGACAACCUCAUGCUAUGAUUGAAAGAUCUUUAGGCAUACUUUAAAAAAGGCUUAUGGACGAUAUCAUUAACAUCUUAUACACUUAAGUUUUUAAAUAAAUACCAGUAAAACGAA